AUGGAACAGAAUGGCCUGAAUGGUUGUCAGCUGGGGACCGGAUCGAGGCUGCUUCAGGCAACAACUGUGACUCCCAAUGUUGUUGUGGCUGCUGAUGGGAGUGGAAACUACUGGACGGUGUUGGAGGCGGUGUUGGCUGCACCAGAGAGGAGUAGUAGUAGAUACAUUAUAAGGAUUAAAGCAGGGGUUUAUAGAGAAAUGUGGAUGUGCCAAGGAGCAAAACCAACAUUAUGUUUGUGGGUGAUGGAAGGACAACCACCAUCAUUACUGCUAGUAGAAAUGUGGUUGAUGGCAGCACCACAUUUAACUCUGCAACCGUUGGUGGUUACUAGUGCAACUGAGGUGCAACCCUUGACUGCUAGAAAUUUCGUUGGAGGGGCUAGUUGGUUACCUUCCACUGGAUUUCCUUACACUCUUGAUCUUUAA